AGGCGCGUGGGACGGGACUCAUGACCCACGUGAAGGAAGCCCUGGCUGCUGGUCAGGCACCCGGCAGCCCUCCUGGUGGAAGCAUGGCGGCGGCAGGCAAGAGGAAGAGGGAGAAGCAGAAGAAGGAGACGCAGCCUCAAGGGGCCUCUGCGGGGCGGAAGAAGCGGAAGCUUCCUGUUACAGAGGAGAAAGCUUGGCAGAAAGCUGGCUCAAAGCUGAACGAGGAGAUCUCCAGUGAUUCUGAACCUGAUAGCCCAGCAAAGAAAAAGAACAAUGAAGCAGAAGAGGAGAUUGAAGAAACACCACAAGAGAAAAAACUGAGAUUGGCAAAAUUAUACCUGGAGCAGCUUCGACAACAGGAAGAGGAAAAGGCUGAAGAAGAGGCCUUUGAGAAGGACCUGGUUGCUGGCCGACUGAAAGAAGAUGUGCUUGAACAGAAGGGAAAAUUGCAGCGACAGAUUGCCAAAAUUUUGCAGCCUCCGGAGGGAUCUGACAUCAGGAUACUACGAGGCCACCAGCUUCCCAUCACCUGUCUAGUAAUCUCACCAGAUGAUAAAUUUAUCUUCUCUGCAGCCAAAGACUGCUCCAUCAUCAAAUGGGAUGUGGAGAGCGGGAACAAGCUUCAUGUGAUCCAAAGGGGAAAGAAGGGGCCUGAAGACAGUCAUGUUGGGCACACAGCACACAUCCUCUGCAUGGCUAUAUCAUCCGAUGGCAAAUACCUGGCAACAGGAGAUAGAAAUAAACUCAUUAUGAUCUGGGAAGCUGCAACGUGCAAGCACCUGUACAAAUUUACAGGUCAUCGAGAUGCUGUGUCGGGUUUGUCUUUCCGGAAGGGCACGCAUCAGCUGUACAGUGCUUCACAUGAUCGUUCAGUCAAAGUGUGGAAUGUAGCAGAGAAUGCCUAUGUGGAAACUUUGUUUGGCCAUCAAGAUGUGAUCACGGGACUGGACAGCCUGAGCCGGGAAUGCUGUGUCACAUCAGGAGGGAGGGAUGGCACAGUCAGGGUCUGGAAAAUCCCUGAGGAAUCCCAGCUUGUUUUUUAUGGGCAUCAGGGCUCCAUUGAUUGUAUCCAGCUGAUCAAUGAAGAACAUAUGGUGUCUGGUGCAGACGAUGGGUCAGUAGCUCUCUGGGGUCUUUCAAAAAAGAAACCUCUAACUGUAGUGAAGAAAUCCCACGGUCUCCAUGGCAUGCAGGGUCUGGAACAGCCAUAUUGGAUCUCUUCAGUUGCUGCCUUGCUCAACAGUGACCUCAUAGCUACAGGUUCCCAUAGUUCCAGUGUGAAGUUGUGGAAGUGUGGAGGAGGAUUCCAAAAGUUGGAGCCACUCUUUGAAAUUCCCAUGGUUGGUUUUGUCAAUAGCUUGCAGUUCUCAAGUUCUGGAAACUUUCUCGUUGCUGGAAUUGGACAAGAGCACAGACUGGGUCGUUGGUGGAGGAUCAAAGAAGCCAAGAAUAGCAUCUGCAUUGUUCCACUUAAGAAGACUGUGGCAGGCAACACACAGAUACUUGGUGAAGACUCUUAGCGUUUGAACAUUUUGCAAAUAAUUAUGUAAAUGGCUUAUAUGGAUGAAACCUGUAUAUUAAAGCUAUUGUUUUUGUUUGUAAAUUGGAAA